CAGUACAAAUACUCGGGGGCGGUGUUACACCUCUCUUCCAGAGACGGCAGCAGGCUCCAUCCUCGAAGAUGACGGUGAAGAUGAUCUCCGGCGUUCUCCUCUUCUCCGGCGUUGUGGGGCGUAUGUUGGCCAACUGGCAUAUAUGUGCACAGGUUUCGUUUCUUCGAAUGUUUUGGUGCGUAGUGUUGGACAACGACGACGGCGGCCCUUUCGUAUGCGAAGAUCUGGUGGAUUCCGAGACAAAGGCUACUUGGAAGUGGAUUUUGACGAUUAUACGAGAUGACCUAGGCAUUGGUAGAGGCAAAGAAUGGGCAUUCGUUUCUGAUCAAGAGGAGGGAUUGAUGUUUGCAAGACACAUCUAUGUAAUAUGAAGAAAAAUUCAUCCAAGCAUUGAAAGGGAAAUAGAG